ACCAUCCUCCUCUGCUGACUAUGGGAUUGUUCGGAAAGACGAAAGAGAAAGAUCCCAAAGAGAUGGUGAGAGAGUGGCGCUCGUCUCUUCGCAAAGAACAGCGAGUAAUCGACAGGCAGAUACGCUCCAUACAGAAUGAAGAGAAUAAGGUGAAGAGGUCUCUGCGCGACGCGGCGAAGAAGGGAGACAAUGACGUGUGUCGUAUCCUGGCUAAGGAACUCGUGCAGUCGCGCAAGGCUGUUAGUAAGCUGUACGCGUCGAAAGCGCAGAUGAACUCCGUGAUGAUGAGCAUGCAGACACAAUUGUCAACAAUUCGAAUGACCGGCUCGCUACAGAAGAGCACCGAGGUAAUGAGAUCAAUGAACAGUUUAAUGCGGGUGCCUGAAAUUCAAGAGACGAUGAGAGAGUUGUCACAAGAAAUGAUGAAGGCUGGAAUCAUGGAAGAGAUGAUGGAGGACACGUUUGAGUCGGUUGAAGAGGAAGGUCUCGACGAGGCAGCUGAUGUCGAAGUUGAAAAGAUCUUGUUUGAAGUUACUAACGGAAUUCUCGGCAAGGCAUCAGAGACACCUACACAGUUGCCCGAAGCUGAGGAAGGUCCAGCAGCUGCAGCUGCCGUCGGUGGCGAAAGCUCAGACGAAGAGGAGGAAAUGCAGAAGCGACUGGAAGCUCUACGGAGUUGAUUGCUCUAUGCACACUAACUGUACAUGGAUGGACGAGUAUAAAUUUUAUCCGGGGGGGGGAGGGGGCAUAAUUAUAGUUGUAUAUGUAUAGUAUAGUGUGUGGUGGCUGAUGACAAUGUGUUUGUGUAGUGUUGUUACGUUGUGACGUGAGAAUGUCACGUGACACCUAGAUUUGAGUCUGUCAAUGAAUAAUUGAAGUUGUACUAUUGAUUGA